AUGGUUGACGUGCUUGUCCGUGUUGUAACGUCCAAUCCUGACUGUGUUACCAUCGAACCUUCACCUCCCGCUCUCACCUCCUUCAAACCCGUUGGUGAAUUUGAUCUACUUGUGCGAGAUGAAGGAACUAUCGUGGAAACUGCGGAGCCGCGGUCGAAGAAGCGCAGACGAUCUUUGAAAGGCAUUUCAAAAGCACCCGAACAGAACCAGAAGCCCAUCGACUCCGUGUAUGCGGCCAUCAUUGCUAGUGUGCCGCUAGACUGCCUACGUGAAAUGUCUUUGGUCUGCCUUAAUUUUUCCUGCAUUGACGGUGCGAACGUCAAGGACCCCGCUGCCUUGGUUGAGAAAGUCGCUAAACUCCCCUCCUCGAUGCGACUCCACUUCUGGGAGGGAAUUCAUCGAGCUAAGUCCAAAUUAGGUGGUCAACUUCCCCUAAUCGAUCCCGUGAAAGAUAUGGGCGUCAAAGACAGUCGUCUAGUUACUUGUCUAAACAACAUCCACUUGUUGCAAGCUCGGAUUAUGCUUAACCCACUUUACAACCGCAAGGACCUCGAUUACCUCUUGCACACUCAUAAAAGACGUAUUGGGAAGUACUUGGAGUUGCGUGCCGCCCAUGAUGAACUUAGGCAGAAAGAGUCGCUGCUUCAGUUGGACGAACUGCAUUCGCGAAAGCGUGUGCUACGCCGUCUAGGUUUCAGCACCGAAGAUGAUGUCAUUCACCUAAAAGGUCGCAUUGCCUGUGAGAUCUCCUCUGGAGAUGAAUUAAUGUUAACCGAAUUGCUCUUAGAUGGUUUCUUCAGUAAUCUCUCUGCGGAACAGAUUGCGGGCGCACUCUCAUGUUUCGUUACAGAGAAGGGCAGCACCAAGGUGCCACCCAAGCUGCGUCCCGAUAUGGAAGCUGCCCUUAGUGUCAUUCGAUCGAAAGCCCGCUACUUGGCGACUGUGGCAGAAGAGAGCCGCGUACGCCCGGGUCCUAUGGCUUUGACACCGGGAGGUGCAAUUAAAGGCGACGGGAACAUCUUUGCUGAAGGUGGUCAGAGUGCCGUUGAUGACUAUGUAGCCAAGUUCUCUGGCGAAAUGAUGGAGGUUGUGCGUUCUUGGGCACAGGGCGUUUCCUUUGCAGAGCUCUGUCAAAUGACACCACUCUUUGAAGGCAAUGUCAUUCGUUGUUUGAGACGGCUAGAAGAACUCUUAAGGCAAAUGCAUGAGGCUGCAAAAGUAGCGGGAAAUGCAGAUCUGGAGAACAAGUUCGUUAAGGGUGAGUUGAUGUUAUGA